ACUUGUAAGCGUAAAAUAUUGUUAUUGGUGAUAUUAUGAGUAGUGGAGAGUGAGAGGAGCGGGUCGUCUGCACCUACGUGGACACUAUACCCCGUCAGCGGCUCCUUCACAGCUGCUCCGUCACAACUCCCUCAUAUUUAGCCCCAUAACCCGCCUGUGAGGCACCAGUAGGGGUUGUGAGGAGUGGUGAGAGUGUGUGUGUGUGUGAGGUGGCGGCCAGGACAUGGAUUACUUGAGGUCUGUCACCCAGAGCGUGCUGGGGGCGCCGCCCCCGGGACACCAGCCUACUGGCGCUGAUACAGUAGAACGGUUAAUAGACAGGGUCCAGUCGUCUACUCUUCUAGAAGAUCGUCGUGAUGGCUGCCGAGCACUUAAGGCCAUGUCUCGGAAAUACAGAGUUUUGGUUGGUGCUUAUGGGAUGGAUACACUUAUACAAGUUCUGGAGGCUGACAGAAGUGACCAUGAAAUUGUUAAUUACUCAUUAGAGACUCUGGUUAAUAUCACAUCUCCAGAAGAGUAUCCAGAAGAAAUAGAAGAUGAAGGUGCAACUCUAACUGGUCACGCCUCUGCAGUAGGAGAGCAGUUCACCGAGAUAUUCACCAAGCGGCAGGAGAACAUAGAGCUCUUGGUCAACCUAUUGGAUGAGUUUGAUUUCAAAGUGCGCUAUCCUGCAGUAAAACUACUCAUAAAUUUACUUAAAAAUCGACCAAGAGAUCUACAAGAGGUGAUCCUUGUUAUUCCAAGUGGAGUCUCCAAGCUUAUGGAUUUGCUCUCAGACAGCCGGGAAGUCAUCAGGAAUGAUACUUUAUUGCUUUUGACACAACUUACAAAAAGCAAUACCAACCUUCAAAAGAUUGUAGCUUUUGAAAAUGGCUAUGAUCAUAUGUUUGAGAUAAUUCAAGGAGAAGGAUUUGCUGAUGGCGGCGUUGUCGUGGAAGACUGUCUCAUUCUAAUGCUCAAUCUUCUGCGUAACAACCCUUCAAAUCAGACGUUUUUUAAGGAAGGAAGCUAUAUUCAGCGACUUGCAUCAUUCUUUUCACUGCCUUUGGAUUCGAGAGAUGGUUGGUCGGCACAGAAGGUCACUAACAUUCACUACAUGUUACAGCUUGUUCAAACACUAGUGGCCCCUCAGAAUGCAGCACAAGUAGUGACAUCUUGCCAGAAGGUAAUGAAUCAAUGUGGACUACUGCAGGCGCUCACAGGUCUGCUGAUGGCCCUAGGUGUGCCUGUUGACAUUCUCACCGAUACCAUUACCACCGUCUCGGACAUGAUUCGUGGAAGUCAAGCUAAUCAAGAAUUUUUUGCGAGUAUGCUGGCACCGUCUUCUCCACCCAGACCUGCCAUCGUGGUGUUAUUGAUGUCGAUGGUAAACGACAAGCAGCCCUUCAUACUGAGGUGUGCCGUCUUGUACUGCUUCCAGUGCUUCCUCUACCGCAACCACACAGGCCAGGCCCAGAUCAUCCAGACACUGCUGCCUCACACUGCUGAUGUUGUACCUGGAGCUAAACCUUUUCCCAACUCGGUGACGGCGGGUCAGCUCCUGUGCAGCGGACUCUUCUCUCCGGACCCAGUGUCUAACUGGUUUGCCGCAGUAGCUCUCAGUCACUCUCUAGUUGAUAAUGGUACACAAAAGGAAAAUAUGUUGCGAGUGCAGCUAGCCACCAGUGUGGGGAGUCCACCCGUGUCACUCAUGCAACAGUGCACGUCCAUCCUACAAGCCGGGUCGAAGGUUAUCACACGUUUCGGCAUUCUUAUGCUUCUUUCCACAUGGCUGGCUCACUGCCCCGUCGCUGUGCAGACUUUCCUGGCCAUACCAACUGCAGUUCCAUAUCUUACUACUCAUGUGAGCGCUAAUGAACACGAUGAACUCGAAGUGGUUUGUCAGGGCCUGUGCGCGUUCCUGCUUGGCUUGUGUGUCCAGUUUAAUGAUGGCAGUGGAAGCAACUUUUCAAGAGAGUCUCUCAAACAACUUGUGAGUGAUCGUAUUGGGGCAGAAAACUUUGGUGAUAAGUUAAGUAACAUCUCAAGAACAGAAGUGUACUCCAAGGCAGCAAAAUCACCUCAGUUGGCGGCCAAGCAACCCUCAGACCUAGUAUUUGAUCACGAGUUCUGCCGGCUUUUCAAGAGUUUAGAAGUAUCGUGUGUACGAGCAGUUACUCCCCAGCUGAUGAGUAGCAGCAGUGCCGAAGUGUGUCCAGCAGAAGUCAUUAAGUACAAAGAAAUUAUACGUGACCAGGAUGCCGAGAUCACUCGGGUACGGGAGUCUUUGACUAAAUUACAAAAAGAGAUGGAGGCAUUUAGAAGUGAAAAGGAACAGAUGUCAUCUAAAGUUCAACAGCUGCUUGAUGAAAACACGGUGUUGAAAGCCCAGCAAGGUAUUGCAGUAGAGGCUGCAUCUUCAGCUGUAGAGGAUAGUACAUGUAAAGUCAAUCAAGAAAACAGUGGUGAGAGCCGAGAGGAGUCGGCACAGCAAGUAGCACAUCUCCAACAGCAGCUAGCAGAGAUAACACAUGCAAGGGAUUACUAUUAUUAUGAAAUGUUCAAAAAAGAUGCCGAGCUGACAGCACUGGUUAGUACACAGCAGCAGCUGCAGCAGCAGGAACAGCAACAACAAUAUGAACAGCAGCAGCAGCAGCAGGAACAAUUGACUCAACAAGCAACAGCUGCGAAUGGUACACAGCUUAACAAUCAUCUCAACUCUCAAAAUGCAGCAAGUUUCUUUGACUCGCUCCCUAACCCGGAAAUGGAGAAUUUGCGCAAACAGUUAGAAGAUCUGCAGCUGGUUCUUUAUAACAAAGACUCCGAGAUACAGCAACUGAAAGACACACAAACUGAGACAUCAUCAACAACAGCAACAGCAACAGAAGCAGAGAAAGCAAAUGGAGUUCCAGAUAAAGUAGAGAUAUCUGAUGAGAACAUGGACAAACAUGUUAAUAUGAUAAAGAAACUAGAAGAGGAAAACAUCUCUCUUAAACAGCAGUUGAAGGAUGCCGAGAUUCACAUAAAACAGACUCAGACUCAGCUGGAAACAACAGCUGCAGCAGCAGCAGCAGCAUCAGUAGGAACAAGUGCCAGUUCUGCAGCUGAGGCAAGAUGCAGACAACUAGAAGAGGAACUGGACACUAUCAAGCGGGAGCAAGAGGACCUCCUGGUGUUGGUGACUGAUCAAGAUAGCAAAGUGUCUGAAUACAGAAGGAAGCUGAGAGGUUAUGGUGAGGAUGUUACUGAUGAUGAUGACGAUGAAGACGAUGAUGGAGAUUAUGGCAUCAGUGAUGAUUAUGAUGAUGACUUGGAAGACCUUCAGUGACAAAUGGUCUUCUCCUAGAGGAGGAGAAUCAUUUGAAUAGCCAAUAUGUACAAUAAUUGAAUCAUUUGUAAUGGUAAAUUCAAGGAUGCCCAUUGCAGGAAACAUCAUAGGUAACUCAUCCAUACAUUUCCAGUGUACAAAUUUUUAAUUCGAUAAAAGGCAGAGCAUUGGAAUGUAAACACACACACACACACGCAGAAAAGUUAAAUAUCAGAGAAUGAGUUCAGAACUGUGAUAAACAUGUAAUGUUUUCUGAGACAUCUAAUUGUUAAAUUUUGUGAACUAAUUCCAUUUUAUUUGGUAAUUUUUGUAUGUAAAGGUUAGCUGAAUCGCAAUUGAAAUAAUCACAGAAGGUUAGAGAGCAUAAUAUAGCAACUUACAUGAACAAGCUUGUUCGUUUCCUGCUUAGAAGCUUUUGGGAUCUAUGUCUCGAGAAUAAAAAAAAAUGCGAACUGUAAAGUAUAAAGUAUCGCUUCACUUUCUAGUGUGUGGUUUGGUCAGCAAACUGUAAAGUACUAUAUAUAGAAGCAACAGUGGCCUAGCCAGGUGCAAAACCCAAGACCGGCAGAGCAAUAGGCAUGUAGCAGAUGACCACGAUCUAUUGAUCGAUACCAUGAUCAAUAGGCAUGAUCCAUAAAUGUAUCACUGAUGGGGUGAUGUAUACCAUCACUGUCAGGGUGAUCUAGGGUGGUUCUAGAUACUUCUCUUUCACACAGAACACACACAGAACAUUGUGCGAGAAACGUAUACGUCACUUUCCAACUUCAGAAUUGCUUUUAAAUACAUGGAUGAUGAAAUACUAAAGAAACUGUUCAUGACUUGAGACCAAAAAUUGGAAUAUGGAGCAGUUGUAUGGUGCCCAUAUCUCAUGACGUUCAUCAAUAAGCUGGAAAAGGGGCAAAGGCAUACAGUACUACAAAAUGGCUUCCAGAAUUUCAAAAAAAAGAGUUUACAAAGAGAAGUUAGUGGUGUUAAAUAUGCCAAAGCAAGAAGAUAGAAAAAAAAGAGGUGACAUGUUUAUCACUUCAAAAAUAAUAACAGGAAUCGACCAAAUUGACAAAAAAAAAAAUCCAUACACCAGCCAUUUCCAGAACAAAAGGUCACAGAUUCAAAUGAAGGAAAGAAAGAUGACGAAAAAAUAUUAGUUUCCUUUUGCAAAGUGGUAGACAUUUGGAACAAGCUAAGUAAAAAUAGGUUGGAGGCUUUAAUUAUCAGUAGUUUCAAACCGUUACGCUGUAUAACAGCCUUUGUAUAACAGCGUAACAGCACUCGCUGUUACGCUGUAUAACAGCAUAAGUGAGUGCUGGGAAGACAGGACACCACGAGCGUAGCUCUCAUCCUGUAACUACACUUGGGGUAAUUACAAAAUCUACAAUAUGUUAAUUUAUAACACCAAAACCUAUCUGUUGAUGCAAUAGGAAUACCCAGGGAACCCUCCAGUGUAACCUGUAGCUAAUAUACACUUACUUCGUUCUGGCUAUGGUGAGGAGCAGAGGGGAGGAAAAGAUGAGGUAUUUCUUAGAUUUAUUACACACUUGUCAAGACCAUAUUAAACUGUACUCAGAGGAGUACAGAUCUAAAAGAUAUAUCAUAAUGUUCACAUGUAAUAUAUUGUAGCAACUGGUACUAAUUGUAUACACUGAAACCAUUCCUUACAUGAAUACAAGACACUGUAGAAUGUACAAAAUGUACAUCAUUCAUCACUAAGUCAGUAGUGAUGUACAUCAUCUUAUUGAUGUACAUCAAUAAGUAGUAGAGGCCCAGUAAGCACAUUUUGAGAUCAUUUUUUUUAAAUAUAAAAGUUCUAAAGCCUUCCAGUUCUCACUAUUGAAAUGUAGUGGAAAUUACUAUCUUGCCCCUAAAUGACAUUGCAAGGGAAGUAGUCACAUUGCUUUAGACUUCCCAAUCAGCCAGGCUAGGAUGCCUUUGUUAGAUUAAGCUGUAGCACCGGAACUAUGAGGCAGUCUGCCACGAGCUGGGAGAGCAGUGGGCCUUGGAAAAACAUAGCUACAGAACUUAAAUGGGUCCCGCCAAACACACACCGAAACUUCGAUGUUGGUACAACGUUCGAAGAAGUUUUAAUACCUAACCAGUUAUAACAACCAAUAUAGCAAGUUGUAACAACGUUCUAAUACGUCAUAAACACGUUAAGCCAAGAUGUAACAAGCGGAAAAUAGAGACGGUUUCGGUUUGUGUUUCCAGGGGUAGCACCACUGUAGUGCAGUAGUCUACAUUCUCCGCUCACAACUGAGGGAGCGGGAUUUGGUCCCCGGCAGGGCAAAAAACACAUAUCCUUUUCUUAUGUGUCUGUUCACCUAACAGCAAAAUAUGUACCCCAAGAGUCACCCAACUGUUGUGGGUUGUCUUCUUGGAAGUCACUAGUUGGUCUGGGGGGGCCCUCAAGAAGCCACAGUAUAGGCUUCUUGACCCGGAGAGCAAGAAUUAUACAAAGUACUGUAUGUUGACCAAACCGCACACUAGAAAUUGAAGAGAUGACGACGUUUCAGUCCAUCCUGGAAUGGUCCAGAACGGACUGAAAUGUCGUCAUCUUUUCAAUUUCUAGUGUGUGGUUUGGUCAACAUUUCUCAGCCACGUUAUUGUGACUCUUCAUCUGCAUAAAGAACUGUAUGCAUAGAUUUACAUACAUGGAUUAUCCCAAGUGUUAAGGACAUGAGGAAAUAAUUCAACAUUUCCCUAAGUAUUGCUUGUGUCGGUGUGACACGCACAUGUGAAACUCGGGGUCACUUUUGUCACUCAAAUAUAAGAAUGUACGGAAAGAAAAGUGCACACAUACAGCAUACAUGGGAAAGUAGGAUAGAAAUAUGGGAAGACAGAGGCACAAGUACGUAUAUGAAAAAUGAGAAUGACAAAGGAAAAACUGCUAGUGAAACUAAAGUGUAUGAGUGAAAAGCAGGUCAAUAGAUACUGCUCCCUUUCCCCCUCUCACACACACACAAAGUAAAAACAUGUGCAUGUGUUAACAUGCAUUUAUGGUUCCAACAAGUAUACAUAUUAAUACAUACAAAUGUAUAUAUAAAAUAUUUGACAUUCAAACAGAAUGGUCUUCAUAGGCAGUGCCUACAAAAGUCUUUUUCCUUACCAUUAAAUAGUUUGUACCACUUGAAGGAGCUCAAGAUUACAUUGUGUAUUGUCUCAUUUGUCUGAAACAAGUAUUGAACAAAAUUUACCACUUUGUUUUGAUUUUAAAUAUGGUUAUAGUUUUGUCUAGCAGUUUUGUUGCUAUUUAUACUUUUCUCAUAAGCUAAAUUGCUAUUAAUUAACCAUAGGAAUUUGGCCUUAAUCCAAUAUACAUGUAAUAAUGAACAAAUCCACAAGGGCUGUGAUGAGGGCUCGAACCCACAUCGGGACGAUCCCAGACGCACCUUAGUCGACUGCACCACGACAUUGUCUGAAAUGUCGUGGUGCAGUCAACUAAGGUGGGUCUGGGAUCGUCCCGGACGUAGGUUCGAACCCACAUGUCAUGAUAAUUGUGUUGAGCUUGCCAAGGGAGCAUAUUGCAAAGUGACAGCUCGUUUUCUAUGGAUUGGGAGGCCAUAUUAAAAUUUGAUUCAAUAUUGAAUUACAGGUGAUUGCCAGGCAAGCGACGGCUAGUUAACAUCGUGUUUAUAUUUGUAUAGAAGUUAGUGAGUAUGUAUCCAGUUAUGUCCCCCCGUCCCUGUGUCCACCAGGUUGAUCAUACAGUAUCCGCCACGUCAUUCUUUCCUUAUACAUUUCCACUACUUGUCUUGCAGGUGUGUCCACACACCUGUCUAUCCCAUUCCCUGUCUUGUUAGUAUGUCAACACACCUGCCUAACCCUUUCCUGUCUUGCUGGUAUGUCCACACACCUGUCUACCCCUUCCCUGUCUUGCUGGUAUGUCCACACACCUGUCUACCUCUUCCCUGUCUUACUGGUAUGUGUACACACCUGUCUACCACUUCCCUGUCUAACUGGCAUGUCCAUGUCCUUGGCCAUUCUGCCUUGUAUCAGUUUUCUAUUCCUCUGUCUGAACACUUAGCUCGUACUAACUGUCCUUAGCGCUUAUUUCUAGAUAAACAGAAACACCGUAGAAGAUAUAGGAGCAGGUCGCUGUAGAAAGCGGGCACUGACUACUCUGCGUGUGUAUUUAUAUAUGAAAAUAUUUGAAUGUGAGUACUCCUAUCGAGUAUAGAUUUACAAAAAUUACAUAUCUGUAAUAAACUAGCGGUGUUGAGGUUUUAGCGACUUUACAUCACCUAGUGGUAAUAUUUUGAACAGAAAUAGUGUGUUGGGUGUUUUCUUUACAGUAAGUGCAGUGUGCCACUAGCUGCAUUUGCUGCUAAAUGCUGCAGUACGGUUGUGCAUUUAAACGUAAGUAUAGGAAAUUAUAGAUUCAUUAUUGAUCAAUUUUAAUAUUGUACAUUUAUCUUCACAGAAAUGGUGCUGUAAUUUUUAUGUAUACUGUACAGUAUUAAAGAAUUACUGUAUUUUUUGGCAGAUGGCAUGCAUGCUUUCUGGUCCAGGUUCAAAAUAUUGCUUCCCCCUACAAAGCAUCUUAAACUUCACCUUCAGUAAAUGUACAAGGAAACUUACAAAAAUUUUUUUUUUUUAAAACUAUCCUCACAGAAUAGUUGCAUCUUAUAUGUCAGAAAAUACAGUACAGUACUCUGGGUAUAGUGUGUUUCAGAGAUUUGAAUACUUUUGUAAAAGGAUUUAUUGUGUGAAUAGUUACAGCGUAGGUUUUUGUGUAUACACCGUACUUUAGGUCGUGAGAGCCUUGUCCUUGUACACAUGUGGCUACAGGGUCACAUGUGGUCUCUCUUUGUCAGUCUUUGUGACUUUAUUUUACUUGCUGUUCAGGCGUUCUACGGUAUUUUCUUCAGUUUAGUCCUUUUAGUUUUUCUAAUAAAAGAGAGGUUCAGUAGUUCUGAAAUGUGCACUGGAUGGUGGACUGUAGUAAAUAGUCCACAUCUUUCAUGAGAUUUUGUUACGUAUUGCUGCAUUGUUAACAUUUAUUUAUAUAUAAAAAGAUAAACUAUCAA